AUGGAACCACCUUCCUCGUUCGACCGUCCGAUGCACGCAAAACAAUCGUCGGAGCCUCACGUUCGGAUCAAUGAAUUGCCCGCCCUCAAUCGCGCGCGUGGUGGGCCGCCCCAGGCCACCUCCAAUUUGCGGAGGGCCAACACGGUGUCACAGAGCGGCAAUCUCCUUAAGAAGAACCUGGAGCGGAAGGCUACUCGCGAACGAACCGCACCUGCGACAGGGCCACUGGGAUUACGGGUCAAAAAUAGCCAGGACCUGCUGCGGAAAGCCGCCCCAUUGGGACGGUCCCAGACGCAUCGUGGCCCACUCCAGGCGCGUCCGCCCGGACGGAAAGUAGGUCAUUUUACGGUAGGAAGCGUCGGCCAGAAUGGCAAGAUCUUUCUCAGGUACGAUCGAUAA